AUGGAAGAAGGAUCCGUCGUAACGCCGUCCGAACCUCCGCCACUCCCGUACUCUCUACGCACGAGGAAGAAGUCGAUCGCUAUCUUCUGGACAAUCUUCGUCGUCGAUACCUUGGCCCAGCCUUUAAUUUUGUACUGGUGUCUAUGGCAUCUCACAGAUCUAUCACACAACUUAGUCUUCUCGAUUGUCACUGCGUCGCUUGGAGGCGUCUCGGUUUUCGAAUAUUUCUAUCGUCUUUAUAACUUAUUCCGCAAAAACUCCCGCGCACGACCCCUGAACUCGCGAGUAUCAUGGCUGGAUUUCUUCCAAAUCAACUUUACGAUUCUGUGGUUGAUUCUGGCUGUGGAACUGGUUGUUGGAUCGGUUCCUCAUGAACCCUUUGUGCGCCUCAUCGCCAUGGUCCUACCAACCGUCAUGUUUUACUUCGGGUUCGUCUACCUCUCCCUCGACGUUUUCCGCAUGUUGGGUUUUAAGGCCCCGUUCCGAAUUUCCUCCACCCCCAAAGGGUCCGUUAUGCCGACUGCGUUGUACGCGCUCAUUGAGGAUGUGGUAGCAGUGGAUGGUGGUGGUGGGCAAAUCUAUCGAUAUGCGCUUCGAACUCGAUACCUAUCCAGCCCUUAUUUUCGGCGCAUGCUCUUCGAGAUGAACUGUUUCUGGAGUGGAGGGUCGAUUGUAUGUGCCGCCGCCAUUACGGCCGUUGUAUUCACGGUCGAAGAAGGCGUCGCCUUUACGCUGGGCUGGUCCCUUCCGUUUGCCUGGGCUAUCAUUUGGACGCUGAUCACAAUCCCUUGGGUGCAAAGUGAUCUGCGUCGCGAGAAGAAAGCGUGGUCCGAGAACCGCGGACAAGGUGGAAUUCGCUGGGUUGACGACAUUGAUGCGCCGACUGCACGCACCCGUUUCGCCUCUGUCCAGGCUACUGUCUGGCCCUGGAGUCGCGAUAAGGAGGACAGCGACGCAUCGCCCCCGUAUGAUGUCGAGAAAGUAUCCGAUGAUGUCCCUGCCGGAGCUUCAAACGACGUCCCCAACAACGCCCCUAGUGGAGCCUCCAGCUCCCACGUUACCGAUGAAACACACGUUGGAACCCUUCAUGAUGCUCCCGAUUCAGGACCAUCUGUGGAAAAGUCCCCUGUGUAA